UUGGAAAAUAAUAAUCAGCCCCAAGAACAUCCAGAAACUUCCCAUAACUUUGCCAUAGCACAAGCAGAAGAACUUCCUAUCAGUAGUGCGGGAGUGAAUACAUCAGUCGUCCGAGGACGGGUCAAAAAAGAAGAGCGAUGUCAGUGCCCGGAAUGUGGAAAACGAUUGGGAAGCACUUCCAGCUUACGCCAUCAUCAUCUGCGAUAUCACAGCAUUGAAACAUCUCACGUUUGCAGCGUCUGUUUCCUAAAAUGCAUAUACAGGAGCCAUCUGAUCACACAUAUGCGAGUGCACUCCGGAAAGCGACCGUACAAAUGCAGUAUGUGCAGCGAGAGUUUUACGAACAGCGGCAAUCGUAAGCGUCAUAUGCGAAAACAUACUGGUGAAAAGCCGUACACCUGCGAAUUCUGCAACAGUAGCUUUUCUCUUCUUCAUCACCUGAAAAGACAUAACAAGACUCAUUAUCGUCCAGCGGCGAUGUGA